GAACUCUAUAUAUAGUGGUCUCUUCUCUCCUCCAUUUCAGCUCAUAGCCCCCCACUUCACUUCAUCUCUAGCUCUCUGCCCUUAUAACACCUACGCCGUUAUUAGUUGCUAUCAAUCUUUGAAUCGAAUUAGAAACAUCGAUCUAUCGCUAGCUUGCUGUCUAGUUAGUCAGAGAAGAAACAAUUAACGUACAGUACACCGUUGGGGAUCGGAUCGCCAUGGCUUUCUGCGGCGGUUUCCUGGAGAAGGCCAAGCCUUACAUCGCCAUGAUCUCCCUGCAGUUCGGCUACGCCGGAAUGAACGUGCUCACCAAGGUCUCCCUCAACGGCGGGAUGAGCCACUACGUGCUCGUCGUCUACCGCCACGCCUUCGCCACCGUAGCCAUUGCUCCCUUGGCCCUCAUCCUCGAGAGGAAGGUGAGGCCGAAGAUGACGCGGUCGAUCUUCUUCCAAAUCUUCGUCCUGGCGCUGCUCGGACCGGUGAUCGACCAGAAUUUCUACUACCUGGGCCUCAAGUACACCGGCCCGACGUUCGCCUGCGCGAUGAGCAACAUCCUGCCGGCGAUGACCUUCGUCAUGGCCGUGAUCUUCAGGAUGGAGAAGAUAGAGCUGAAGAAGGUCCGUUGCCAGGCGAAGAUAUUGGGGACGGUGGUGACUGUGGCCGGCGCGAUGCUGAUGACGCUGUACAAGGGCCCGCUUAUGGAGCUGGCAUGGACGAACAGGCACGGUAGCGGCGGUGCCGCUGCCGCAGACGCCCCCGCGGCCGCCGUGGACGCCAAGGAGUGGUUCCUGGGCUCCGUGUUCGUCAUCAUCGCCACCCUGGCCUGGGCCGGGCUCUUCAUCCUCCAGACCCAUACCAUCAAGCAGUACUCGGCCCAGCUCUCCCUCACCACCCUCAUCUGCUUUGUCGGCGCGCUCCAGGCGGUCGUCGUCACCCUAGUCAUGGACCGCCGCCCCUCCAUCUGGGCCAUCGGCUUCGACAUGAACCUCCUCGCCGCCGCCUACGCCGGGAUCGUGACGUCGAGCCUGGCGUACUACGUGCAGGGGCUGGUGAUCCAGAAGACGGGGCCGGUGUUCGCGUCGGCCUUCAGCCCGCUGAUGAUGAUCAUCGUGGCAGUCAUGGGCUCCUUCAUCCUGUCCGAGAAGAUAUACCUCGGGGGCGUCCUGGGCGGCGUGGUGAUCGUGGUGGGGCUCUACGCCGUGCUCUGGGGCAAGCACAAGGAGACGCAGGAGAAGGAGGCCGACGCCAAGACCGCUCUGCCUGUGGCUGCUGCCUCCGCCAAGGGAGACGUCGCCGCGACAAUGGAGAUAACCGGUGCCGGGGACGAGAAUGUGGCAGGGGUGAGAUCAUUCUCCAAUGGACGUGGAGGCGGAUCAGCUGUUUGAUUCAUGGACCGAGAAAAGUCCAAUAGUUUGCAUUGUGUGCUAGCUCUUGACAUGAGAGAAGUUGUGUAGGUAGGUGCAUGCUAGCUCUGGACUGCUCGAUCGUCCACGACGCACGCACUAGGGGUGCCCGGUUGGUUGGAAUGAUGGAUCGAGGUCUUUAAUUUGCUACGUAUCGUCUUGUUCUCCGUCGGUUAA